AUGGGCACUUGGACAGUUGGACAGUUCGUGGUCGCCCAGAAGACGAGCGUCGUCGUCGUCCGGGUCAUUGCGGGGUACGAGUAUGGCGGAGGGGAUGCGCGGGGUGAUCGGGAUGGACAGGCGGUGGAAAGGGAUGAGAGCGAAUCGGUGGUAGCGGUGGCGGCAGAGGCUUCGGGAAACUCAGUACGACGAUUCACAGGUGCAAUUUCCUCGUCCCAUUCCGGACGAAGUUAUCAGUUGUCUGUUGUCUGUUGUAGUAGAGAAAACGUACGACAUUUUUGUUGUAAUUCCGUUAUUAAUCCCAUUAAAUAUGAAAACAAUGCGGGGACCGGUAGCGUGUACGAGGUUUAUGUGAAGGAAGACUCGGCCCCGGAAUCGAGGAACGGUGAUGUAGCGGGUGUUUCGGGAUCGGUACCCGUCGCCAGUCAUCAAUUGACCCAAGUAAACAAUCGCUACAAUAAUUUUAUCAAAAAUGAGAGUGAUUUUCUACCGAAUGAAAUCACUUUCAAGGAGGAGUGCGUGGAUCUGGAUGAUGCUGUAGAAUCCGAAGUGAUCAAUAUCGGCAGCGCCGUCACGAAGCUCGGCAAGGACGCGUUAAGGUACAAAAUUUUCGAGCAAAGCAUUAGCGCGCCGGACAAGAAUGUAGUCGUAUAUUCACAUCCUGUUACCGAUGUACCUUCGUCAUCGACAACAACUCGGCUUAUCGAUAAGGAUGAUCCGCGAUCCAGACUGCAUUUCGUAAAAUAUCUGAAACGCGAUGGCAAGACGCUCAAGAUCUGGGAAUGCGGCAUUUGUUCAAAAGAGUUUCGCCAUCAGUACACUCUGAUGAGACACUUGCCAACUCAUACCGACGAGAGAAACUUUAAAUGCGAGGCUUGCGGCAAGGCUUUCCGACAGUUGUCAACAUUGAGCCAGCACAAAGCUAUACACAGCGACGCCAGACCCUAUGUGUGCGAAUUUUGCAAGAAAACAUUUAACAGAGUAUCUACGUUAAUCUCCCAUCGGAAAACGCACUCGGAACAUAAGCCGCACAAGUGUCAUGUGUGCGGUAAAGGAUUUCAUCAAAAAGGCAACUUGCGUAACCAUGUGUUCACACACACGAACGAGCGGCCGUAUAAGUGUGAGCUAUGCAGCAAGGGGUUCAAUCAGAUGUCGAAUUUAGUCUGUCACAAGGUGAAAGCGCACGCACACGCCGACAAGAUGCAAUAUUCAUGUGGAGUCUGCGGAAAGGAGUUCCCGCGCAGGUUCGCUCUACGUUCGCACGAGGAGUACAAGCACGGUAUUAAGUAUCGAAGCACGGGCAAUGCACAAUCUGUCACGAAUGAGACCGGAAAUGCCGGGAAAAGUAAGAACGUUAGGAUCAUUCAAUUGUCUAACGGUGAUCGGAAUCAAACAAAUGAAAGCAAAGAGAAAGAUUAUUUCGGCUCGUCGGAUGUGAUCGACAGCAUCGUGAUAAACAAAAUUGAUACCAAAGCGAUGGAAAUGGCAGUGCUCCAGGGCCAGACUCCUUUCGCUCUUUAUAAACCCGCGAAAGGUAUACCGGUACUCGUUAAAAUUUCGCCUACUGCGAAUAAUAAACACAUGCUAACACCUGCGACCGCUGAGGAUUUACGAAUGGCAGGAAAAAUAACUCUGAAUUCUACCGAGGCCCCAGACGCAGACGGUAAUAAGGCUGUUCAGGUGAAGGUACCGGUAGUUGCGACUGUGACACAGAAUAUCGAACUCGACGGCAGAUCCAGCUUCGUCAUUGAGCCUCCCGGCGCGGAACAGGAGCAAGGUAAGCUCUCUUGUCGAUCUAGCAAGGCGAGAUGGAGGAGAGGGAGAUGCGCUCCUCUCUUUAAUCUGUCGUCAGAUGAUCUGGUGACAGCGUUGGACUCGCAAUUUUCUCCUACUGUGCUCAAUCGCAAUGAGUUGGACCGGCAAAACGGCCCGGGCUCAACUACGUCGAUAGACGAGUGUAACGAGUUACUGGAACUGGCUGCGCAAGGUGGAAUACAGUUUGUUCGCGCCACGGAGGACGGUCGUUACGAGGUCAUGACGAACAGCGAGGCCCGCGAUUUAAUGGCGCAGAAUUCCCACGACGUAACGAUUCUUGACGGCGAACAGGCGGACGCCAUCAAUCUCGCGAAUAUACGCAAUAACGGUGACGUCAUCAUCGGCGACAACGAUAAUCAGAUCAUGGUAUUGGAAUCCGGCCAGAAGUCCAGCGGUAUGUCAAUGGACGGCAUCGAGAUUCUCGACGAUAAAGACAUUAGAAUUCUCGACAGUAAAAGCCUCGACGAUCGUUUCGUGGAUGGCAUGACAUUCCUUUCCCAGACCAAAAUCGAUGAUCUCCUGCUGGGCUCCAAAUCGCUGCCUAUCGAUGGGGAUGGCGCUCUCGCCGGGCAUGACGAUGCAAUGGCUGUGACAUCGAGCCAGCAAGAUCUAACGAGCAUCUUGGGUCAUCCCUCGAAUCUAACCAGCUCGCAAUCCUCGUUAUCAUCUCUGUUAAUGAAGAACCAUCCGCCAUUAUCGUUGUUGAGCGAGACAUUACCGUAUCUAAAGAGCAAUCAGAGCCUUACGGAAGAUCUAAAUAUUCUCGGUGUGUCCCCCAUGGAGGAACAUCAUUCGGCUCAGGAUUACGACCCGAAGAUGAAACUGUCCUCGGUCUUCGACGACGACUGUGAUACCGGUUUAAUGCCCUUUGGUCAAUCGGACAUGAAGAUGCUCGACUCCGGAAGUCAAUGUAUGAAGGUACAGUCGGUUGAACAUCGUUUGCGCAUGAUACUCAUUGAAAAUACUUCUACACGACAUAUUUACAUGAUGUAUUUUCUUCCACAGACUUUCAGUGACAGAUUUUCUUUACCACCACCAAAGAUAUUUCCCGGUCUAAACGAAGUGAAGAUCUUGGGACCGAAAAAUCAUGCUCAUGAAUUGAUAACUCCGCACUAUCAGGAUACUAGAUUCCUCAGUCCUUACGAGCAAUUUCUUAAGAAUACUUCUAUGCAGAACGCUUAUGUACCCAAUGUUGCCGAGGUAUCCGAAGGAUGUAGAAAAGAGGUGAAAAUACUCGGUAAAAAGCUCGGUACUGGCAUUAUCACUACGACCGAGGAGGGCGAUAUCGUCAAGGUUAUCGACGACAAAUCUAAAUUCGAAAGUACAAUGAAUUUCUGCGAUAGCGCUUUGCAGCAAUGUGCGACUGUGUCGCCGAGACGAAUGUACCGGCAGCCGCCGAUGGAGAAUGAUACGGACAACUUUUUGCUCCAAGUAAACACUUUUGAAAAUAAUUACUAUAAGGGCGAUGACAAAGAGAAUGUUUUCCGAAACUACGCAGGCUGGCAGUCCCUGUUCGGAUUUCCUGAAUUUCGGUAAUCGCCCCUCUGGCAAAGAUCUAUCGCCCGACGGUCAUAUCGAUAGAAGUCAGAAGGAUGAUCGCGGAGACAGUUUUACAUCUGGAGAAAUGUUGGAUCUGGAUUGACGAAUCGCGGCGGUAGAUAAGAUGGACUCUUACUUCUGGAAUUAUUUGUUUUUUGCCAUCGCUACCUUCUGCGGUUCGUUUGGCAGAGUAUUCGUGCGUUGCUUCGAUCCUGUCCGAUGCAUACAGAGAGAAUUGGAAGGUAAUACGUGAAUAAAAAAUAAUUAAAUUAUGCAACGAGAGAAAGAAGGUGCAUCUUGGCAAUUUUAUAGUUUUCCGUUCUAUAAAAGAUUUGCACCGACUUAAGUACGAUAGGCCAAAUUUCUAUUUACGCAUUUUUACUUGCAAAUUUUUGUUGCAAAAUAAUGAGUGAUACCAUGUAUGAAAAUUGUGCUAAUAUUUUUGAGAGUACACGACGAUUGAUUUGCAGUCAAUAUGACUGAAUGAAAUGUCUUUCGGAGGAAAUUAAUACAUAUUUUUCAAUAAUUUGCGGAUGUAUAUGUCUCUCUCUUAUGAAAUUAUAUUAGUAAAUCAAAAUAUUUAGUGUAUUUCAGAUAUUUACUAAUUUCAUUAAUCGAAUUAUACGAAUGAUUCUUGAAUUAUUCCAUAUUGAUACUUCCGAGCUUUCUAUACUGAUUUACAUAAAACGAUUGUAUAAAUCUGUCUAGUAUUUUAUAUUCAGAUAUUUGAAUGUUAAAGAAUAAAGCAUAAAUAUAUAUCAAUAAAAGUUUUUGUCCUUUUAUUUGAGGGCGAAAAAUAAAAUGUGAUACAUAUCCGUUAGCACGUGGGGAAAAAUCAUUCCAGCAUUGCUGUUUUUAAUAAAUACGCGGAAUAGAGAGAUACGAAAGACUACGGUAUCCCGAUACGAAGGUUAUUUAGAUUUAUUCGCGAAUUCUCGACUCGGCAAUAUUUUCUCCGCGUGCACGUGCCAAUACCAAUAGGUCGAGUGGUUAAUACCAUCUGCCCUGGCAUCCAUCCCUGCUACUUGAUAGUCAGCUUCCAUUCGAAACCGCACCGUCUUAUAUAGUAACCUGUACAAGCAAUCUGAUUCGCAAUUUGUGGGAUUUAGAAUUGACGUGAAAGACAAAUUAGUCGACAAUUCGUGGACUCUUGCACGCAAAACGUUUAUAGACAUAUAUUUUUAAUCAGGAUGUAAUGUCUAAAAAAUUACGUCUCGGUUAUAUCUCUAAACGAUUGUGUUGGAGUUAAAAAUUCUUUCCUUUUAUAUUACAUUUUAUUGCUACGUAUAAUACAAAUUUAUAAACCCAUAAGAAUUGAGAUGUUGAUAUUGGUAGUACGCUACUACGGCAUACCUAUCGAGUGAUAUCUUAUGGUCGGAGUUAGCAUUUAUCUUCACUACUUGAUAGUCGGCUCGUAGGAGGAACCUCCCUACAUUUAGAACGCGGGAAGACCUGUGAUAUAAUAUCUCGGAGAGCGCGUAAGAACGAAAUAAGUGUAAUAAAUUAAAAUGAAAAGAAAUAAUGUUGCCUGUUCGUGUAUAUCGAUAAAGCAACGUAGCGUUUUCUGAUACAAAGUGUACGGCAUUUUUCCUUUCAGGUUGCAAAUUCUUUGAUCAAAUUGAAAUCUUUUAAUAGAUUUUAUGAAAUGUCACUAUUAAUCGCAAACCUUUCAUUUUCAUAAAAGUUAAUAAAGACUCAAUAAACUGGUUAUAAAUCCAUCUUUUUUUCUUCGUAAACCUAAUAAAAUUGGUGGAUAGCAAAUUAAUAAAAUUCUGACGCAAAUCCACGAGGGUGACACACCGCUGCUUACGAACGCGACGCCAUGUGCGCGAACAAACGUGUCGGAAAAUUUACUUUUCUCCCGCAAAGCCAGCCACCCGCCGCCGCACCGCGCCGUCGUUGUCGCGGUGCUCGCAAAUACGCAAAAAUUAAGUUGUAAAAGUCGCUCCGAAUCGCUCGCGCUUUCCAGCCACGUCUGUCGCGGGGAGAGGAGCGAAUCCCACGGAAAUUCCAUUCGUUCUUCCCCCCCCUCCCCGUGUUCCGCACCUUUUCCCGCGUCAUUCUUCAGGACCUCUCCCUGGCGAGAGGAAAUUCGCGCCUUUUCUCGGCUGCUUUGCAUCGAAUUAUUUAAAAAUGCACCCGACGUACCGAGAAACAUCUACUUAACUCCGGAGGCGCCACGGGACGCUCUUAACGCGCCGGGAGUACCGUGAGAACAAUGGCGUUAACGAUGACUCGCCGUCCGUUCGACGACACCUCGUCCAACAAAAGACGAGAAAUUCAAAAUCCUGAAAAGCCGACUGGGACAUUUACAAUUCCUCUUAACCGAUGUUUCCUGUGCCGAGAGGAAUUUUUGUCUUCCACAUGAUACGUAACAAUUUCAUAACCGUCAUAUAUUAGCGUACUUAAAUUUACACACGGUUUUCUCAAUAACGUGGAAUUCCGGUCGCUCGCGCGCGCGGUUAUUAUCGGGUAAUCAUUUUCAAUAAAUCGAUUUACGGCUAGCGAUUUAUCGGGCAAAAAGGAGAUAUUAGCGCAAGCGUCGUUAAUCGCCACGCGGGGGAUAAUUGAAUUUGGCUCGGCGGGGUUAAUCGCAUUUUCGUAAAGAAUCGGGCGGUGAGAUUGGCCGGGGGGGAGGACGAGCACAUUCUUGUUUGCUUUAUAACGUAAUUGCAGCAGAAAGUAUUCCCCCGCUUUAGAUCACGCGGCGCGUUAUGGCCUGGCGCGGCGGCGUAUCCCCCCCACCCCCCCCCCGUGAGCGGGGGGUGGAACACUCCUCGUCCUUUUCCCGCACGGGCGCGAGGAUUUCUCCCGCGGGUAUAACUUUGGCGAGCGAAACGGCCCUGCGGAUUAUCCGAGGAAGUGCGAAGAGGCUUUUAACUCGGUAUAAUUUAUUUAAAAGCCAAGGCCGAGAAGGAUGGAAGGGGAGAGACCGGCCGCGAAAGGGGGAAUCUCUGAAGAAACAGCCUUAAUUAGCACGGACUUUCUUACCAUCGGGCAGAUUCUGCCUUAAUUUUCGUAGAUGAAAACCACGCGAUCCGCCUCUUCUUCUCCGUGCUUUUUCUCUUCAACCUCUCUCGUCUCCUUUUUCUUCCGUCUCUCUUUCUCUGCCUCGCGCGACUUCGUACUUUUAUCGAUACCGAGCGCCUUUGUCCCACUCGAGCGCGUUUGACAAUUCGCGACAGAGAAAGAAAGAUUCAAUGUGUUGAUUAAAUCUCGCAAUUAAGAGCGGCGAUGCUCAAUCGAAUGCAGGAUUUAAUGUACGGCGGGCAAAGUCUAAAUGUAAUAACAUGAUUUUACUCGAUUUCGUUGACUUUACGCAGAGCCAGUCUCGCAUUUACCGUAACUGCGUAAUAUGCGAAAUCGAUUUUAGCUUGAUGAAGAUUUGAUGAAAGUUAUAAUCAGAAAGAUAUUUAACAUUGCAGAUGAAAAAGUUUUCGUGAGUUAAGAUUCAAAAGAUGGAUAGUAAGGCCUCCUCCCUCUCUCUCUCUCUCUCUCUCUCUCUCUUCCCGUGGUAAAUCUUUACAGAUUUUACUUUAAAAGAAAUUUUAUUUAACUUUAUAUCGCGAAAAAUGUACGGUGUUAAAAAUUCAGAAUCCAUAAGUAGUUCUUUUCCAUCAGUUUUAAAUGAAUUUUAUUAUGUGCGAUGAACAAGGCUGUAUUUCGCCGGAUUAGAUGUACCGUUUUUACCCGCUCGCAUUUUCGCCGACGUUACCCUUCAGAUUUUUCAGGAAUCCACGGAUCCACGAUGGAUGGAUCAAAAAGCUCGUUGUGCAAAAAAAGAAUGGCUAAACGCGACGUCUGUCGCGCACGUCUGACGACAACUAUUCUUCCUAACAAAGUCAAUUGACGGAGCUGCCGUAAUGCACUGCCGCCUACUUUGGAAAAUUUACUUUGAAUUUCGCUCCCUUUACGAGCUUUUCCUUUCUACUUUCCACGGGACAUUACGUCGUUCCCGCGCCCGGUGCCCUCGCGAAUUACCUCGUCAAGUAUUCAGCCCUCAUACACAGCCAUUUCGCAAAUUCGAUCUUCCCCAGUGCGCGCGAGACGCGGGGUGAGACCCUUCCGAGUUUCGAGCCGCUCUCUCGGCAGAGAGAAGGGGAAACAGACGAGCGAGUCGGCCGCGCCAGUGGCGUAACGUUAAAUUAAACCGCCGCGACUCGUGACACAUAAAGCGCUGCCCGCGUCGUUUGAUUAACGCCAUAGCGUAAAAGUUUGAUAUAAAAGAGAUUAUACGUAAUAAAAAUGGCGAUAAAAAAGAGAUUAUGUAUUAAAAAUAAGAGUAAGAAUCUCGAUGGAGGAUGAGCUACUUCCCUCAAAUAUUUCUCCUUUAUAACUUUAGAAUUAAAUAAUUUCUGUGUUAUCUCCUCUAAUAUUUUGCGUUAUAUAAGAUGUAUCUUUAAAAUGUUUAGAAAGAUAUAUUUUUUUGCUUUUUAUAAAUAAAACGUCCUUUUUUAUUUGUUAAAUUAUUUAACAAUAAAAAAGACAAGAAUGAAGAAUGUCAGAGAAGUGAUAGGGAAUAUUAGACAUUUGCUGCUGAAGUAUCAUAUUAGUCGCACGUGCACAUUGUACUACUAAAAAUCGUUAGGAAGGAUCGCACGGAGACGGAAGGGGAUAGUGAACUGUUCAGUCGGGAGGAAAUUUUUCCAGGAUGCUACCUUUUGUUUUAAAAGGCGGGAGACGCGAAUCUGAUCUGACCCAAUCUGAUUUCAGUCUACUCGAAGGACUAUCGUGCAGACAUAAGGUUUCUUCGCUACAGCGAAAUAAAAGAAGCAGGGAGAUAUUGGGAGAAAGGUAAGAGAGAACGAGAAAGUGGACCGGAAAUGAAGCUGCAACCUGCUACGACAAAUGUUCGCCGUCAUUGGCGAUCAGUAGUAUCUUUUAUUGGAUUCGAUCAUUUUCCACUUUUAAAAGAGAAAUAAUUGGGAAGUUAAUAAAAUGAAGUCGAUAAAAAUAAAUUUGAAGUAAAUCAGCGUAUCAAAAGUAAAUCUUUAAUUAUAUUUUUAUUUGCGAAACAGUAUUACCUAAACUUAUAUCACCACAAAUGCUGAAAUGUUGGAAACACGUCGAAAGACGGUAAUUAUCCUUUCAAUUUUAAGAUAUAAUAAUCGUAUUUUAAUAUUCAGUGUUUCACUAAUUUUACUCAUUUGUUUGAUUACACAGUGAAUUAAAUUGAGAUAUUCACCGGCUUCCCGAUUAUCAUAUUUCCCAUUCAAUAUUCUUUACUUUAAUAACAUUCCCAAUUCAAAUUCGUAGAAUUUAGAUAAAAUUUGUUAGACGAAUGUUGACGCGCGCGCGCGCGUGCUUUUUUAUUUGACUUCACUUUGACCGAUUAGAUAUUCCUUAUUACUUGCAAUGGACUCAUAGAACGCGACUCUUUUUGCUGACGAUAGAAAAGUCAAUUUCCUGGAAUAUUCAACGUUUUGAUUUUGCUAUUGCAUAUGUCGCAUCGUUAGACAAAAAGAUAUUGAAGUAAAAGCUCAUAUUCUUGUUAUCAAACAAACUGGAUAUUGUAAAAAUAAAUACGAAAUACGUAUUACAUAACAUUUCUGAUGGGAUGUCAUUUCCAGCAAUAAAUUAAUUCAACUUAUGUCCUACUUUAAAAUAAGCAGAAACAAAUUUAUCGGUCAUAGAGCUCAUUCAAAGAUUGGAUAUUUUUUUUAUUUAUAAGACUUGAUAACAGGGGGAAAAAUUCCGCGUCUCUAUUUUCCAUUCGGCGAAUUUUAGAGUCUCGAAAGUUUUAUACGCCUUGAUUAUAGCGGGCAUAGUGUUAGCGGAGCUUGCGCUAUCUUAACUCGUUGCGGCCUUUUGUGAGGAAUGCGCGAUAUAUCACGACGACUCUACCUUUACGAGCGCCGCAAAAAAAUUUAUGACUCCAAGAUGGAAUUGGAUCGCGCAAUAAGCGUCCGUCGAAUAGUGAUUACGCACUGCGCUACGUGUGCUACGCUGUGGAGCUCAGUAGAAAAUAUUUUUUAUCAAAAAGAUGUGCGGCUUUUUCACGAUUUCUCGAAUACUUCUAUGCGACUCCUUUUGCGAGAAAAAAAAGCAAAGUAACAUAAACAUAUUCUAUCUUGGACAUUCGGCAAAAUAAUCGUCAAAAGUAAGCAACGUUAAAAUUUCACAACGUGAGGUAACACAAAAAUCUCGCAGAUUCGAUCUCGAAACGUAACGAAGCGCAUCCUCUCGAUGCGCAAUAAAUAAAACCGCCCGUUAAAUUCGCGGGGAGCACCAAAUAGGUAUUUGGAAUUAUCAAACCCCCGAUUUCGGUCCGGCUGGGUAUGAAUCUUGAAUAUCGUUACGGUCCGUCGGGACAAUAUUAUCGAGUAGUUAAAUUCAGCGGUACAAUAUAUUUCGGGCCAGCCAGCGGCUAUUAAGUUCGCUUCGAGCGUGGCGCCACAGGGCGAAUUAAUUAAUAAAACCCGUUGUUCAUUAACUAAUUGACCAACGGGCAAAGAGCUUUGCUGAGAGAUUUCGUUCCUGACGCGACAUAUUACGUUGACCCCCCGACGUACAUGCGUGAUUUAAUAAUUACAGAAAGUAACAGUACUGCAGAUUACAUCAAACGUAAACAAGUGCUUUGUGCUAUUAGAAUGUUGAAAAGUACACAAAGAGAAAGAUUUCUUUAGAUUUAAUAAACAAUUUUCUUCGACUAUUCUAAUGCUUUGUAGCCGAACAAAAUUUAUUAAAUUUAAAGAAAUCUUUCUGUGUAUUAGGAAUAAUUAAGCUUUUGUGAUAAAAAGUCACGUGAUGUUAACAGAUAUAAAGAUUUUAGGAAAUACGUAAAUAGAGAAUAAGAUGUUUGGUGAAGGAAGCUGAUUAAAGCGAUAUAUAAUUUAAUUUCUUAAUUAUUAAAAACUCUUAAUUAUUUGUUAAAUAAUUGCACAUACCUACACACAUUUUUAACAAAAAUUUUAAAAAAUAAAAUAAAUUAAGUGAAUCUUAUUCAGUCCACUUAGUUUAUAAGGUUUCUCGAGUUUAGUUUCAAGUGUGUUUGAAGUAUUUAUUACAUUUAUUAUAUGUAUAAGAGAAUAUUCUUUAAUAAAUUCUUGACGUGAAGGAAAUGUAUUGAAUAUAAUAUAUAUAUAAUUUAUAUCGGUUUUUUUGUCAUAUAAAAAUUUUAAUGCGGCGUUAUUUAUCAGGCGCAUUAAGUAUACUAUUUAUUCAUUUACAAACACAUCACCCGCAUUAUUUUGGCACAAGAUUUCACAGAAAUUGCCAGUACGCCAAGCCGUUUCGCGUCAUCACGGAAGAACAUUUAUACGGUUGUAAGUGGAAAGCCCGUUAACGAUCUACAAACUAAUAUGUGUAAUAGCACCGCACUGGCGCCGGGACCAUUUCCGCUUUUCAAACAUGUUCUCAAACAACGCAACGGAACUAUCCAAUAACAUUUACACUCUGCUCACGUGAUUGCUCAAGAUUUCCAAACUUUACUAAAUACCACCGCGAGGCAAAGCCUCCGUUCCACAGAAGCGACUUUAAAGCUCCCCAUUACGUGCAGUUGACCUCGUUUGUCAAAUUUCACCUUGCGGAUAUUUAAUGCAUGUCAUUCUGAAUGGCGGAUUUAGUGCGAUAUAACAUUUAAAUGUAUUAAGAUGCAAAAAUAUUUAUAUGACGUACUCUUGCGUAUUCAUGUAUUUAUAUAAAAUGCAAUAUAUGAAAUUGAUUUGUGGCGUAAACCGAAAAUCGGGAUGUGAGCUUGCAUAACCCAGCGAAAUAAAUAAAUUCACAAAACAAUAUUUAAUUCGUCGCUUAUUCGCAUCGAUGUUUAAUAUAUAUCGCGUUCGAACGAACUCGGAAAAUUAUUAAUAGUGAUAAUCCGGAGGUGUGCGUGUACGUCGCCAGAUGGUGAGUUUAAUAAGUCAAAUUAAAUUGAGAGGAACCAUUCGGGGCCGAGGAUUUUGAAUAUUAUAUCAGGAAUUUUCUACAGGUCUCUGUGCAGGAACAGCCGUGUAGCAGUUCAACUACAUCAGCUGGAAUGGAGCGAGACAGGUCUUGCGAACAAAAGAUUGUUUCUUUCACAAUUGUUACAGCGUGUCUAACACGUUUCUAAUUAAUAUGCCGUCUUUUUAUUAAACUUUGUACUUGGACAGAGAUUAUUUAAUGUGAUCUUGACAAUAUCUCAUAUUUUUUAGAAAAGUCAAUGUAAUAACUAAGAGCUAAUUAAAUUUAUUUGAUUCAGUAAAUUAUUUUUCAUAUUUGCAUAAUUAUCAGAGCUGAUUGGUGUAAUAUAAUAUGUAGUUAAUAUCUAUAAUAAACGGAACAAUGAAUAUAUCGAUUUUACUUUAACAACUUGGUUAUUUAAACUGAUUUUAAUUUUAUAAAAUUUUUUUUUUUUUAAAUAAACGAAAAAAUAUUUGAAAAAGUUUAUUAUAAUACUUGAAAAAUAUUUUUUCAAUCUUUACAUUCUCUCUCUCUCU